UAUAAACCCAUUACGUUCUUAAAAACCCACAAAGAGAACAACCCAUUUCCUUCUAUGGCUUCAUCUUUGACCACAACCCCAUUAACGAAACCAAAGCCUUCGUCUUUGUCUUCACGUUCUUACCAUACAACUAGACCUAACAGUAAGGUUAUUCUGAAUUUGAGUUACCAUAAUGCAAAACCCGAUCAAUCCAACACAAAACAGAGACUACUGAAUGCGAGUUUGUUUGGUAAUUUGAAUAGAAGUGAAAAGCGGAAUGUGGUGGUAAGGGCAAAUGGGGUGUCAAUAGAAGCCAAAGAACCAGAACCAGAGGUGGGGAGUUAUAGGAGAAUCCUGUUAUCAGAUGUGGUGGUGCAGAGAAAAAGGAAUGUGUUUUUGGGAAGGCGGUGGAAUUCACUGGAUAUAGGCACUGCCGGUGUUGUUCUGGCGAUGCAUUUGCUGUCUCUUUUUGCACCAUUCCAAUUCAAUUGGUCUGCUUUUUGGGUUGCUUUUGGGCUUUAUGUGGUAACAGGACUUCUGGGUAUUACUUUAUCUUUUCAUAGGAAUCUUUCUCAUAAGAGCUUUAAGUUGCCAAAAUGGCUUGAGUACUGUUUUGCAUAUUGUGGAGUUCAAGCUCUUCAGGGGAACCCAAUUGAUUGGGUGAGCACACAUAGGUACCAUCACCAGUUCUGUGAUUCUGAAAGAGACCCACAUAGCCCUCUUGAAGGAUUUUGGUUUAGUCACAUGAGUUGGCUCUUUGAUACCAAUUCUGUUCUUGAAAGGUGUGGAGGACCAAACAAUGUUGGGGAUUUAGAGAAACAGUCAUUCUAUAAGUUCCUCCAAAAUACCUACAUUCUCCAUCCAACUGCUCUGGGAUUAGUUCUUUACUUCUUGGGAGGCUUUCCCUUUAUUGUCUGGGGAAUGGGUGUGAGGAUUGUCUGGGUAUACCAUAUCACUUGGCUGGUAAACUCAGCCUGCCAUGUAUGGGGAAGGCAAGCAUGGAAUACUGGUGAUUUAUCAAGGAACAACUGGUGGGUUGCAGUGCUUGCAUUUGGGGAAGGUUGGCAUAACAAUCACCAUGCAUUUGAAUUCUCAGCUCGACAUGGGCUGGAAUGGUGGCAACUGGACAUGACAUGGUACGUUAUAAAAUUCCUUCAAUCAGUGGGAUUAGCGACGGACGUGAAGCUGCCAACGGAUGCUCAAAAAGGGCGAAUGGCUUUUAACGAACCCUAAUUGACUUGCUCUAUCUCACACACACACACAUAUAUGUAUACACAGAUAUAUAUAUACAUAUAUACAACGAAAUAACUUCAUCUGUUUCUUGUUCCUUCAUCAUUUCUACCGUCUAUGAAGUGCACUUAUUUACAGGUGUAUUUUUAUAAUGGUGGCCCCUUCAAAGUCCAAUAUAAGUACUCCAUGCCCAGGAGUGAGGGCAUUAUUUCGAA